CUCACUUAAGUUUGUUUAGCAGAAUUCAGGAAAAAAGCAAGUAUUAAAAGUAUGAAAUAUACAUUUCUUUUUAGAUUUAUUAUGUUAAACUGAUUAUAACCUUUCGUACAAAACAGAGAUAACCUUUCAAUUCACAUGAGCACUCGAAGUCAUGUGAAACAUUUUUUCCUUUAUUAUAUAACGCCACUAGUUUCCAAGAUAAAGCUGGUUCUGAACUAUUUAAUUGGACUUUUGCCAGACUCUUCCAUAACUGAUACUUAUUGCUGUAGAACCGACUGGACACUGGUUUCAAAGAUGGGCAGUAUUUUCAGGAGCGAAGAAAUGGCCCUGGCUCAACUUUUCAUACAGCCAGAGGCCGCCUAUUCCAUAAUAUCGGAGUUGGGGGAGGCUGGCUGUGUGCAGUUUAGAGAUUUAAACGAUGAAGUAAGUUCCUUCCAAAGAAGGUUCGUCAACGAAGUGCUAAGGUGCAAUGAGAUGGAAAGACAACUGAGGUUCAUUGAGGCAGAAAUAAGGAAAGAUUCAAUAAAUAUACCCGAUGUCACCGAAGUCCCCAAAGCUCCUAAUCCGCGUGAAAUUAUCGAUCUAGAGGCGCACCUCGAAACAGUAGAAGGAGAAAUGAAGGAACUCAACGACGGCGCUGUAGGCCUUAAAUCAAACUCGCUGGAGAUUAAAGAGUUCAAAUAUGUACUGGAGAAGUUCCGCUUGUUUUUCAGUGACCAGAACGAGGUGAACGUCUUCGAUUCUGCUCAGGUAGCUCUUACCUCGGAGGAAAACCAAAACGUUACUGGACGAUUGGAGUUCGUCGCUGGUGUUAUUAAUAGAGAAAGGGUUUACGGCUUUGAGAGAAUGUUGUGGCGUGUCUCCAGGGGCAAUAUCUUCUUUAAAUUGUUUGAUAUCGAAGCGCCUUUAGAAGAUCCUAUCAAUGGUAAAGAAGUCUACAAAGCAGUGUUUUUCGCGUUCUUCCAAGGAGAACAGCUGAAAACGAAAGUAAAAAAGAUUUGUACCGGCUUCCACGCGUCGCUUUAUCCAUGUCCCACCACUGCAGAAGAAGCAAAAAACAUGCUUGCAGAUAUCAGCACACGCUUGGAAGACUUGACUAUGGUUCUGAACCAGACCCAAGAUCAUCGUCACAGGGUGUUGAUAAGUGUUGCGAAGGAUUUGCAAAACUGGACUGUGAUGGUAAACAAAAUCAAAGCGAUUUACCACACACUAAACUGCUUCAGCAUGGACGUAGUAAAAAAGUUUAUGAUCGGGGAGUGUUGGGUGCCUUGCACUGAUAUUCCCACUGUUCAGAAAGCCUUAGCUGAUGGUUCUAGUACUUGUGGCAGUUCCAUUCCAUCUUUCCUGAACGUUAUUAGUAACACCGAUGAACCUCCUACUUUUUAUCGAACCAACAAGUUUACUAGAGGUUUCCAAAACCUCAUCGAUGCGUAUGGCGUCGCUUCUUACAGAGAAGUUAAUCCAGGUCUAUACACGAUCAUAACAUUCCCCUUCCUCUUCGCUGUCAUGUUUGGCGACUGCGGGCACGCCUUAAUCAUGACGGCUUUCGGUUUGUGGAUGAUUCUUGCAGAAAAGAAGUUGAUCGCGAAGAAGAAGAACGAAAUAUUCAGGAUAUUCUUCGGUGGAAGAUAUAUUAUACUACUCAUGGGUUUGUUUUCUUUCUACACUGGCUUCCUUUACAACGACAUGUUCUCUAAAUCCAUGAAUGUAUUCCGGUCGCAGUGGUUUGUCAAUUCGUCCAGGUUUUAUCCAGAGGAUGACGAUGAACAUGAGCUUCUUCCCAAGGCGAAUUAUCACGGCACUCCUUAUUUCAUGGGAAUCGACCCUGUGUGGCAGUUGGCUUCUAAUAAAAUCAUUUUCUUGAAUUCUUUUAAAAUGAAACUGUCGAUAAUCUUUGGAGUAGUCCACAUGAUAUUUGGAGUGUGCGUUGGUACUGCUAAUUUUAUUCAUUUCAGAAAAUAUUCGAGCUUGUUCUUAGAAUUCCUUCCACAACUUCUUUUCCUGGUCUUCCUCUUCUUCUACCUAGUCGUCAUGAUAUUCAUGAAGUGGAUUUGGUAUUCCGGAGAAUUGGAUGGUUGGAUUGACGAAAUUGUCAUUGAGCACGGCACAUCUUGCUCGCCUUCUGUCCUAAUCUAUUUUAUAAAUAUGUUUCUGAUGGGAUCGAGUUCCCCGAAUGAUGGAUGUGACGAGUACAUGUACGAGGGCCAAAAAAUAAUACAAAUAGUUCUUCUCCUUGGAGCCCUUCUCUGUAUACCAGUGAUGUUACUAGGAAAACCUCUGUAUGUCAUGUUUACUAAAAACAAAGCCAACAAAGCUAAUCCAGUAACGAUUCGACAAAAUGGUGGAACAAAUCAAGAAGCGGAAGGCAAGGCAGACCAUCAAGAACACGAAGAAGAAGAAGAGCCAAUAAGUGAAGUGUUCAUUCAUCAAGCUAUUCACACAAUUGAAUACACACUUAGUACGGUGUCUCACACAGCAUCGUACUUGCGUUUAUGGGCUCUAUCGCUUGCCCACGCACAAUUGUCGGAAGUACUAUGGACUAAAGUUUUGCAUUAUUCAUUGUUCCUUGGAACGAUUAUAGAUUGUGUCUUGAUAUUUGUAGCUUUCGGAUUAUGGGCAGUUUUCACAGUAACCAUUUUAGUUCUUAUGGAAGGAUUGUCAGCUUUUCUGCACACCCUUCGUCUUCACUGGGUAGAAUUCAUGAGCAAGUUCUACGUGGGAACCGGUUAUCUGUUUCAACCAUUUAGCUUCAAACUUAUCUUAGAGGAAGAUUCUGAAGAAUAAUGUUUCUAUUUCUUCACCUACAAUAUUCAUUUCUGAUAUACCGUCGUAUAAAUAAAUAGUACUUUCAACAUUG